AUGUCUAAUAGUAAUUUAUUUUUGAAAUCCGGCUUCGUUCGAGCACCACUCCAGAAUGGUGUCGGACGCUACGUUUGUCAAUUGCAGAGAAUUGUUUUAAAAUUCUGUAAAAGUCACGGCGGAAGCCGAGGAAUGAGAGACUUUAUCGAGCAGGAUUUAGUUGAUUUCGCAAGAGACAAUCCCAGUGUCGUUGUUUAUUUGAAGCCCCGGAGACAUCGAAGUCCCGUCGUUGUAGCUGAGUAUUUAAAUGGAGAUAGAGUUUGGAUGAGUAUGCAAAACAAGACACAAUCGGAGAUCACAAAAUGGAUUGAGAACAUGCGAACACAGCAAGGAGACUUAUCAGCGGUGCGGCUCAGGAAGUAUCAAUACACCGAUCACCCUUCCAUCCAGGGUCCUUGGACACCAUUCACAUUCAAGAAUCCCGAACUCAAUGUAGCCAAACUCCCCAAUCCCAAAUUCGGUGCAAACGAUAGAUUACCGAUGUCAGCGACGGAACAGCUUAGAAUUAUGUUCGAAAAACAGAGAAUUAGUAAAGAAGAAGUUAAAGAAGAAAAAAAGGAGGAAUAA